CCGAAUCGAGGGAAAAUGAAACGGAACUCCGGAGCUCGCCAAGUUUUCUCGUGGUAAGUGAAGAAAUUCGCCUUGUGACCGGGACGAUGGAGUCAAAGAUAAAAUAACGGAGAACACCUCGUCGCUCCGAGUCAGUGGGCCUCCAGCAAGCUGAGGGCACCGCGACGGAAAUGGCAAACCUGAACUGGAAACCGUUCGUCUACGGGGGGAUGGCCUCAAUCGUCGCCGAAUUUGGUACCUUCCCCAUUGAUUUGACGAAGACGCGGUUGCAGGUCCAAGGCCAGUCCCAGUGCAUGGAGGUCCGCUACAGGGGCAUGUUCCAUGCCUUGCUCAGGAUUGGACGGGAAGAGGGUAUCCGGGCGCUGUACUCUGGGAUUUCACCCGCACUCCUAAGGCAAGCUUCAUAUGGGACAAUAAAGAUUGGCACGUACAACACACUGAAGAAAUUAUUUGUGAGCCGUCCUGAAGAUGAGACCAUGGUAAUCAAUGUGUUCUGUGGUGUGGUGUCUGGAGUUUUGUCCUCUACCUUAGCUAACCCCACAGAUGUGCUAAAGAUUCGUAUGCAGGCUCAGGGCAGUCUGCUACAGGGCAGCAUGAUGGCCAACUUCAUUAACAUCUACCAGACAGAGGGCACCAGAGGGUUGUGGAGGGGUGUUAUUCCCACAGCACAGAGGGCAGCCAUUGUGGUUGGUGUAGAGCUGCCAGUGUAUGAUAUCACAAAGAAGCACUUGAUUCACUCCGGCCUUAUGGGAGACACUGUUUUGACUCAUUUCAUUUCCAGUUUUGCUUGUGGCCUGGCGGGGGCACUAGCCUCUAAUCCUGUAGAUGUGGUGAGGACUCGGAUGAUGAACCAGCGUGUGCUGUCUGGGAACUUCCUGUACAAAGGCACACUGGAUGGACUCAUGCAGACUUGGAGAAAUGAAGGCUUCUUCGCCCUCUACAAGGGCUUCUGGCCCAACUGGCUGCGCUUGGGACCCUGGAACAUCAUUUUCUUCAUCACCUUUGAGCAGCUGAAGAAGCUUCCGUUAUAGCUGAACCAGUGACACUCCACAGGCUAAAAGUGUGUGUGUGUGUGUGUGUGUGUGGAGGGGCAAGGGAACACAUUGCACCUCUCCUGCCUUUGUCCUUCCUCGAGCAUCCCUCCUCUGUCACUCCCUUUAUGUGCAUGCUUGUUUAAGUGUUUUUCUUUUUGGUUUCAUAAAUACUUUUUUUUCCCCAUAAAACCUUUUUAAUGAGUCCAUUUUGCACCUAAGCCUUGUUUUUUUUUUUUGUUUUUUUUCCCCCCCUCUCUCUCCUGGCAGCUAAAUGUUAGGUCAUCGCUCAGAGCACAAACCUUGUUUUAGCCUUGGAAAUGCUAUGUCAGCUAGUAACCACGUUUGAACUAAUUUGAAAAGAAAAGUCAAAAGGAGAUAAAAAGGAGACUUAUUUAGAGUCUCAGAGUGUUCAUACUAGCUAAUUGACCUAACUUUACUGAAUUUUCCCAGCAAGUCCCUCAUUUUCGUUGUGGGGGCAUAACUAGCACUGGUGGCUUCCAUUUAGCCAACAGAACAUGGCUAGUGUCUAGGUGAAUAGCAGAGAUAUGUGAAAUGCUUUUAAGGCAAUUAUACUCCUAUUUAGUCUGAUUUGUUUAAAUGAACAGUGUAUCCUGCCCAGAUCAGAUCGCCUGAGCACUUUCAUGUGGCCCUUUUUUUGCUUCAAGUGAAAUGCAAAAUCGUCUCUUUUCUUCAGGCGCUCUCUCAUACUUAAACAUCGCUUGAUGCAUCUUGUGUUUUGUGUAGUGGCCUCAGUAAAACUUCAGUCUAGUCAGUAAGAGGAAGCUUUUCUCUAGAACAUGCAGGGUCCUCGCUGUCUUCAGUACGUUCACACCUGCACCGGUGGGUGCAAAUGUAUGGCUGUUUUGUAUACGGGCAAGAACACAUGAAUCUGAAUGGGUAGAAUAUUUUGAUAGGAGUGAUAAACUGUAUAUAAUUCUGUUGCACAUUAGAAUGUUUGAGUUUUUCUUUUAAAGUUGUUUUUUUUUUUUUUUUUAAUUGAACAACUCCAUGAUAGAUGUAUGUAGCGUUGGAGCGCUGGUCUCAUUGCCAAAGUGUACUGUACAGAACUGCACUGUUGUGAAUGAGCUUUCAAAUGAUCUUUAGGAUGGUACUGUUACAUAUUGUACACUCUCUGGUCAUAAUGAUUUCAUGGUCAGUCCUUUGUACUUGAUUUGAAUCCUGCUUUUAAUAUGCCUUUGCAUUCUGCAUAUGCCUCUUGGUCACUGGUUACCGGAUGUGAAAGGAGCUACACUUAAGACUGAACCAGCAAUAUGGAUUUUGCUUCCUGAAUCUGUUAUUGUAGAUAUUAUGAGCUAAACUGCUUCAUUGUACCUGAAAAAUCAUUUCUCAUGUAUUGAUCAUGACAGCUUUUGAAACGCCAAUUUGGAAACGGUUUGGUGAGCCACGGUGCCGUUAUAAAAGCUAUUUUUAAUAUUUAUAACUAAUUCUGAAAAUGUUUUAAUGCUCAUUAAGUGAAAUCUAGGCAUACAAAUCACACUGUAGCUCCUUUCAAGAGUAACAGCCAAUUUGUCAUCUUACUUUGUCACACUGAUAAGAGCUAAGAUUUGUCAUGUCUUGUGUUUUCUUUGGACUCGCCUCAGUAUGUUAAGGUUAUACGAUCUUUGAAGGCCUGGAUUAUUUCACAGUUUUUCUUUUUUGUACUCUUGCCUCUACUGUCUCCUCUGUCUUUUGGCUGCUUCUUUCCUCUUCCUAAGCAUGAUGCAUGCUGCUUUGUUCCACACUUUUCUGCCAUUGUAAAAUGCCUAUUUCCAUGUGCUGCCAAGACCAAGAAACAGAUACACCCAUGUGCCACUUCACACUUUUCUCUUGUAGAUUUCCAACAGCAUUACUUUAUAUUAUUUUUCCCUUUUAUUGUCCUCUCAUUUGUUCCAUUUUUAAGUUCCUGAUUAUGGAAUUUCCUUGACCUUAGCUAGCAUAUAGUCUCUUUUUCAUCGUUUUUCAGAACCAAAGGACUUUUUAUUUAUUUUAUGUUCAAUUUAAGGUAAUGUAUGUGAUUGCAUACAUUUAAUUGCUAAUGUAUAAACUGAUUUGGUGUGUGACCAUGGGGUUUUGGGUUGUAUAAAAGUAAGACACCUCUCCAUGAUCUCUAAAUCUUACAUUAUUGUAGAUCUUUGAAAAAGACACUAGACUGGAGAUUAUUGAAAUUAUAUAGACAUAUUGGCUUUAUGUAAUAUAUUUUAAAUUAUACUUUGGUGGAUAAAUUCUUUCUGCAUAUGGAGAACGAGAAUGCAAAGAGGAUCUUGAAUGAAAAUGGUGCUUUGGAAUCUGCAUGGAGAAUGUGGAUUUAGGUUGACAAAAGCUAAAUUUAUAUCAAUCAUAUAAUGACUUUAGCCUCCAACAUGGUUUCCAUGCUUCCCUUCAUCAUCAUCAGUGCACUUUCCAUAUGCUGUGACUUCUAUCAUAACUAUUUGCUGGAUUACUGCUCUGCUCACUCUCAGUCAACUGACUUGCCAAGUUCUCUCACCUUUGAUAGUUCUCAGCUAUGAUGGUGAACAUGCAAUCGUAAUGUAAAAUAACUCGUUGCUUGAUGAUGAACCGUAUGAAACUUGGCUAUAUUCUGUGGCUGUUUUUGCUUUGUAUGACAUAAAUGUGCACCUGACAAUAAAACAAGUUUCCUGAUGGUUGA